AUGUUUAUACCUAUUGAAAGCCGCCUGCCUACACAGCCUGUUAUUUAUGAGUGUACUCUGACAUCAGAAACAACUUUGGGUGCCGGGGCCGCGGGUGCAGCGGGGGCUACCGUCAUCGGUGCUGGUGCUGCUUUAGCCUUAGCCGUAGCAGCAUGGCGAGCAGCAAGACGAAGGCGCGCUCCAAGAAAAGCACCCCCGUCUUCUCAGCUUGAUAAACCAACAGAUCAUGACGAUGCCGAGCCGGAUCUUAUACCCAAUAAUUACUGUAAGUAA